UGGAAUUUAAUGUAGAUUAGACGUGAAAUUUUAUCGAUAUAUUAAAUAAGAAAUGUUAAAAGUGAUAAUACUAGCCGUGCUCGCGGUUGCAAAUGCCAAAGUGCAACAAAAUGUCGCGUCACAGCAAAUUAUUACGUUUAAACAGAAAACGGGGAAACCCAUAGGAGUAAUGACUUCGAGCGCAGGAGCGCCUAUAGAAUACAAAGAAGCAACAAAUACACUAAACUCACCUUUGCUCUUCAACGAAUACUUCAUGGACUCUCUCACGCACCUGGUACGGGAGAGGGUCCCAGAACGCCUCGUCCACGCCAAGGCCGGCGGCGCCUUCGGGUACUUCGAAGUCACCCACGACAUCACCGACAUCUGCAAAGCCAAAAUGUUUAGCCAAAUAGGAAAGAAAACACCCGUCGCUGUCAGAUUUUCUCCAGUUGUAGUUGAACGGGGAGGAAUAGAUACAUCCAGAGAUGCUAGAGGAUUUGCCAUCAAAUUUUACACAGAAGACGGAAAUUUCGACAUCGCUGGAUUUAAUACACCAAUCUACGUUUAUAAGGAUCCUCUACUAUUUACUGCUUUCGUGCGAACUCAGAAACGUAACCCGGCUACCAACCUAAUGGAUGUUAACAUGCUUUGGGACUACUUGACUCUGAGGCCAGAAGGCUUGUAUAUGUUUUUGCUCGUUUUCGGAGACCGUGGCAUUCCUGACGGGUACCGCCACAUGCCGGGCUUCGGAAUUCACACAUACCAGGUUGUCAAUAAGCACGGAGAGUCCACUUUCGUUAGAUGGCACUUUGUACCGGAUGCGGGUAUUAAAAAUUUACGUUCAGAAGAGGCUAGCAGAAUUGCAGCACAAGAUCCUGACUAUGCUACUAGAGAUUUAUAUAAUGCGAUUGCCAAUGGUAACCCUCCUAGUUGGAAAGUCAGCAUUCAAGUUUUAACUUUAGAUGACGUCAAGAAAGCAGGCUUUGAUGUUUUUGACGUCACCAAAGCGCUUCCUUUAGACGAUUAUCCUUUGAAACCAGUGGGUAGAUUUGUUUUGAACAAAAACCCUAUAAAUUAUUUCGCGGAAAUCGAACAAUUAGCGUUCAGUCCCACGAAUCUGAUACCGGGAAUACUUGGUGCCCCCGAUAAAGUAUUUGAAGCUAGAAGAAUGGCUUAUAGGGAUGCUCAAUAUUAUCGUUUAGGGGCUAACUUUAAUAAGAUACCAGUAAAUUGUCCUAUUCAAACGCAAGCCCUGGCUUAUAACCGAGACGGGAGACCUCCGCUCAAGGAAAAUGAUCGUGAUAUUCCAAACUAUUUUCCUAAUACUUUUAAUGGUCCCCAACCGUACAAGGAUCCAAAACGGCCACAGUUGAUAGAAAUAUACCAAGAUCUGCCAAACAAUUUUGACCAAGCGACUGAACUGUACACGCAAGAGAUGACAAAAGAUGAACGGAGUCGGUUGGUUGCAAAUAUCCUGUUCAGCUUGGGUGGGGCGGCGAAAAAUUUGCAAGAUCGAGCGGUGAAAUUAUUUACAGUAAUACAUCCAGAUUUAGGUGGAAGGAUUCAGAAAGGAUUAUUGGCUAAUAGAACUCAAAUUUAUUAUGAAGACUAUGAUUAUUAACUACCUACCACAGCAUCUACUUAUGUAUAAUUUUAUAAUAUUUUUUAUAAUUGAGAUUGUCAUUGAGUUUAGGCUAUAUUUUUAGAAAUAUUUAUUUUAUAGACAGUGUAGGUGUAGACUUUAAGUUAGCAGUGAUUUGUAAGCUAAUGUUUUUUUUUAAUUUGUUAAGCUACUUACAUGUAUUGCGGACUGUGGUAAUAUAAUGUCAUGUAUUUACAAUCAUUGAGGUUGAUUUUAAGAUUAAAUUUAUGAGAGCACAACACAAGGGCACACAUUUUAGUCAAAAUUACAUUAUAAAACUGUA